CACCACGUCACACACCGGAACCGCUGGAACUGUGCUACUAACGUCAACGUCAGUUAGCCAGCGGUUAGCAUAUGGCUACUCAGACAUAUCGUUUCAUCCAAAACAAGAGAGAUUUUUACUUUUUUGUUGAUCAUGGUAAUAAUUGAGGAAGGCACGAAGGAGCAAUGGAACAAGCCAAACCUCCCUUUUACGCACACUGACAAGUAGAAGACAAUCUGCACCAUGGGAAGGAUUAGCUUCUCGUGCCUUUUCCCAGCCUCGUGGCAUUUCAGCCUGUCACCCCAGCUCCUUCCUCGGCUGCUAGUACCUUCUCCCAGACAGCUGCUCUUCAUCAGCCUGGUAGUCUGCUUCAUAGGACUACUCUACCUGCUGCUUGUCGCUGGAAAGGGGCAUGCCAGCUGGAUCAGAAAGGAAAAUCACUUCCACAGGCACUUAGCGAGGGUCACUGAUGUCGAUGUGACAGAUACUAGCAAUCCCAACCUGAACUAUGGCCUGGUGGUGGACUGUGGUAGCAGCGGCUCCAGGGUAUUUGUGUAUUGCUGGCCCCGGCACAACGGGAAUCCCCACGAACUGCUGGACAUCCGGCAAAUGAGAGAUCAACACCGCAAGCCAGUGGUUAUGAAGAUCAAGCCAGGUAUCUCUGAACUGGCGAAAACACCUGAGAAAGCCAGUGAUUAUAUAUACCCACUGCUGAGCUUUGCCGCCCAGCACAUUCCCAAAUAUAAGCACCAGGAAACACCUUUGUACAUUCUGUGUACAGCUGGAAUGAGGAUCCUACCAGAAAGUCAACAAGAAGCAAUUCUAGAGGACCUGCGCACGGACAUCCCAGUCCACUUCAAUUUUCUCUUUUCUGACUCCCACGUGGAAGUGAUUUCCGGAAAACAAGAAGGUGUCUAUGCAUGGAUUGGAAUAAACUUCGUCCUUGGAAGGUUUAACCACGUGCACGAUGUCAAACAGGACGGGGAAGCUGUGGUGGAGGUUCAUGUUCCAGGCAGCGAUCAGCAGGAGGCGCUGAUGAGGAAAAGGACGGCUGGCGUCCUGGACAUGGGCGGCGUCUCCACGCAGAUUGCGUACGAAGUGCCCAAAACUGUAAGCUUUGCUUCUCCACAGCAGGAGGAAGUUGCCAAGAACUUACUGGCAGAGUUUAACUUAGGGUGUGAUGCACAUCGCACAGAACACGUUUAUCGUGUUUACGUGUCCACCUUCCUGGGUUUCGGAGGAAAUGCAGCGCGCCAAAGAUACGAGGAAAGCCUCAUCAGAAACACUGCCACUCGAAACAAGCUCCUAGGUCAUCAUGUGGGUGAGACAGCAGAGUCUCCCCUCCUGGACCCUUGUCUGCCCAGUGACCUGCAGGAUAAGAUCGGUGGGUCCACACAGAAACUUUAUCUGAGGGGCACGGGAGACUUUGACCAGUGCAGGCAAAUUCUCCAGCCGUUCCUCAACCGCACCAAUGAGACCCAAACCUCUCUCAGCGGUAUCUACCAGCCCGCAAUCGACUACAGCAACAGUCAGUUCUAUGGCUUCUCUGAGUUCUACUACUGCACGGAGGACGUGUUGCGCAUGGGUGGGGAUUAUAAUGCUUCGAAAUACGCCCAGGCUGCCAAGAGCUACUGCGCCACCCAGUGGAAGACUCUGAGGGAGCGCUUUGACUCUGGCCUGUAUGCCUCCCAUGCAGACCUUCACAGACUGAAAUAUCAGUGUUUUAAAUCGGCGUGGAUGUAUGAAGUAUUGCAUUCAGGCUUCUCUUUCCCAACCAAUUAUAAAAAUCUAAAGACUGCACUGUUGGUCUAUGAUAAGGAGGUCCAAUGGACUCUUGGAGCUAUACUUUACAGAACACGGUUUCUGCCUUUGAGGGACAUCCAACAGGAAAGUCUGAAAGGAACUCACUCUCACUGGCGGCACAGCUUCUCCUUUGUCAACAACCACUACUUAUUCCUGGCUUGUUUCUUCAUUGUGCUGUUGUCCAUUAUGCUGUACUUACUGCGACUCCGCCGCAUUCAUCGGCGCGCAACACAGCGCUGCAGCCCCUCCUCCGUGCCAUGGCUGGAAGAGGGCCUUGGCUCGCCAGCACUCCCCAUCAACCUCUAAACUUUGUAGAGCGUAAAGUCUGGACGGCAUGUCUGAUUUUUCCAAAGCUAAUCUUUACUCAUUUUCACUCUGAGGCCAUCUGCUUUUUCAGCGAAGGCUGAUCUCUGCUGAGUGUUGAGAGAUGGUACUGAGAUCUGGACAAAUCUCCAGGCUUACCUGAGACAAUGUUUGAUUUUAAGUUUUCUUUUUUUCUUUUUUUUUUCCUUCUCUGCCACAUACUCCUGUCGAUUUCAAAUGGCAGCUGUCUCCAAUUGUCUUUUUUUUCUCUGAAAAAGACAAACAUUAUGGUACUUUUCUCUUCAGGUAAUGUAUUCCGCACAUUCAACAAAUACACUAUGAUGGCUUUUUUAUUUUAUUUUUUUUAUUUAUGAGUGGAUAUUUGCCUUUCUUUAUGCCUUUUUAUAUAUGCAUGAUCACAUUUCUUUUUGUUGCUGCGUGAUGGAAUGAGCACUCUACCGAAACCUCAAAUGAAAUAUGAGUUUUGAUCAGAGCACUUUGCAAUGCAGUUGAGAAGCAUGUUCCAGCUGGAAUGGACUUUUGUGUGUGUGUGUGUCUGUGUGUCUGGGGUUUUUUGUUUUGUUUUGUUUGUUUUUUUUCCAAACUGUUCAGUCUCAUAUUUAUGUUGCAAGACAAGUAGCCUUUUAUAGCUAUAUUAGUGCAAUACGUGUCUUUUCACUGUUGGGAAAUCCUCCAAAACCUGUCUGCCUUUUUAAUUUUUGCUCGACUUUCAAUCUCUCUUUAAUGCCCUGCUGAAAUUCUUGUGUUGGCUUAUCUGACUGCAAAGUUGGAUACCACUGCAUAUAUUUACGUAGGGCUUCAUUUUCAGAAGCUGUCAUAUCACUGCUGUGUGUGAAUUGCUAGGAUGAGCCCCAUUAUUUAUAUGAAAAUGGUCUAAUGGAAUGUUUUCACACAUUAAUGUGAAAUAAAUGUGACAUUGCAAUUCAGUAAUAAAGGUUUUAUUGUA